AUGAGUAUAUAUAGAUUGGGCGAAAGCACCUCUACCACCAGGACUGUCAACUGCUGGUUUGCUCGCUUCGCAAGCGGAGACACCGACUUCAUAGACAAGCCCCGGUCGGGACGCCCUACACUGUCGAAGACUCCGCCAUUCUCGAUGCUGUUAAGGAGGAUCCGGAGAUCAACACCCGCAGCCUCGCGACGAGACUCGGGUAGCCAUUCAACAGUCGUCUAUCGCCUCCAGGCCCUCGGCUACAGAAAAGUGCUGGCUCGAUGGACCCCUCACUCCUUGACGGAUGGCACCGGCUUUACCGUGUAUCCAUUUGUCACUCUCUCUUUCUUUGCUCCACUGACCGUUCGAGAAAAACGGCCGAGAUGA